AUGAGCAACCAGGUCAAUACAUGGGAAGGCAACUCGUGGGAGGGUCGUGCUAUCGAGCACUAUGGUGGCCGGCAGUUGGACACGCAAAUCUACGAUCCCGUCAUCUUUCCUGGGUUGUAUUCCAACAGCGGUCUUGACAUCAUGUCGGUGCUGCAGAUCUCUCUCCACUCAAGACCAAACCCCCAGGAGGACAUUGGAGCUGUCGACAUGUCGUGCCCCAUCAUCGUCUGCGACCUCUUGCGACCCGAUCAGCCCAUCAUCUACGCAUCAGACUCCUUCCUGGAACUGACAGGAUACAACCGACCAGAGGUAUUGGAGAGAAACUGCCGGUUCAUGCAGGCCCCUGGUGGGCAAGUCAAGCCCAAAUCGGCACGAAAAUAUGUCGACGAAAAGACAAUCAAGAAGAUGCGGAAAUCGGUCGAGCGGAACUCUGAGCUGCAGAUCCCAGUCACCAACUUCAAGAAAGAUGGUCAAAAAUUCACCAACUACCUGACCAUGAUUCCGCUACAGUUCAACAGCCACCAGUUCAACAUCUCGGUCGGGUUUCAGUGCGAGAUGGACGGAUGA